AUGUCAGACCUGAAGGCUUCCGUCGUCGAGACCCAAAACGGCUUCCAUGUCGAGGGGUACGAGAAGAUUGAAUACGACUUCACCUUCCUCGAUGGCGUCUUCAACCCUGCCAACAACAAUCUGGCCAAGUGCUAUGAGCGCUGGGGCCGGUGUCUGGCCGUCAUGGACUUGAACAUCUUCAACAUCUAUGGUGACGAGAUGCAAAAGUACUUUGACCACCACAACCUGCCCUUGACCAUCCACAAAACCAUGAUUGGCGAAAAGGCCAAGUCCAUGGAGACUCUUCUCAGCAUCGUUGACUCGAUGACUGACUUUGGUAUCAUCCGCAAGGAGCCUGUUCUUGUAGUCGGCGGUGGAUUAGUGACUGACGUUGCUGGAUUUGCCUGUGCCGCCUACCGAAGGAAUACAAACUUCAUUCGUAUUCCCACAACCGUCAUCGGCCUGAUUGAUGCCAGUGUCAGCAUCAAGGUCGCUGUCAACUAUGGCAAUUACAAGAACCGCCUCGGAGCUUACCACGCUCCCAUGCACACCUUCUUGGACUUUUCGUUCCUCAAGACCCUACCCGAGGGUCAGGUACGGAAUGGUUUCGCAGAAUUGAUCAAGAUUUCAACCUGUGCUCACAAGCCGACAUUCGACUUGCUGGACAAGUACUGCGAGAAGCUGAUUACUUCCCGCUUCGGCCGUGAGGGCAAUGACAAGGAGGUUCUCCAGGCUGCGGAUGAAAUAAACCGCGCUGGUAUCCAUGAGAUGUUGAAGCUAGAGACACCCAACCUUCACGAGAUCGGUCUUGACCGUGUCAUUGCUUACGGCCACACCUGGAGCCCUCUGCACGAGCUCUCACCCAAGGUCCCACUUCGUCACGGCCAUGCCAUCUCCAUUGACAUGGCUUACUCUGCCACAUUGGCUAACGAGCGUGGCCUACUUAGUGACGAGGAGCACAAGAGGCUUUUGAACUUGUUCUCCAGGGCUGGUCUGUCCAUGGACCACGAGCUCUUCGACGAGGAGAUGCUCGACAAGGCCACCAAGGCCAUCUUGAAGACGCGUGACGGCUUGCUUCGCGCUGCCGUACCGAACCCUAUCGGAACCUGUGUCUUCCUCAAUGAUGUCUCUGCCGAGGAGAUGAACAAGGCUCUCCGAAGACACAAGGAGCUGAUGAAGGAGUACCCUCGCCAGGGUGCUGGUCUCGACGCUUAUGUCGAUGCGUCCGACACUGGGUACACGGUGAACGACAAGCCUAUUGAGGAGGCCAUGCACGAAUCAAAGAAGGUGAUGAACGGCAUGAGCAAUGGUGCUGUAAACGGUUCCGCCAAGGGCCAUGCCAACAUGCUACCUCAGGGUCUGCAGGAGGUCAUGGUGAAUGGAUACGAGAACGGAUUCAAGAACUAG